AUGCACUUCUCAAAGCUCAUAAUCGGUGCCUUCUUGGUAGCUGCUACCGGGUGAGUAUACCCCCUAACGUUUCUGUUCCCAGCAGAAUCACGCUAAUCAGUCCACCAGAACGCUUGCCGAGAAAUUGCAACCAGCACAUGUAAAACAUAUCGUCGUUCGCCGCAACCUAAAAGUGCAGCCAACUGGUCAUGGCAAAUCAGUUGCCCAAGAAUUUUACUGCGUAAAUGUGCAACCAGCUGUGUAAGAGAGGCGAAGAAGUCACCGAGAACAACUUCGCUACGGAACUGGCUUGCAACGCGUACAAGGAAGCUUGCCAUGAUUGCGCCUAUGUCGACAAUGGCUCCGACGGGAUUAAUCGCUGUGUAUCUGCUGGGGAAAAUCUGGAUGAGAACACUUUCUCAGAUGUUUGCAAGGAACUUGGUGCUAGUCGUGGGCAAGCUAAAGUCAACACCUAA